ACCCGGAAAGGUCUGGAACCCGGAAGUGAUUGCCUGUGGAAAAGUUCUGUUCGGGGAGAGUGCUGGGUUCCCACGUGGAGGCGGGCUGUGGGCGCAGUGUGUCCAGUAGAGUAGCCUUGUGGAGUGUAGGGAUUGCGGGUGCACCUCUCUUGUGACGGACGGCCCCCUACACACAGCCCUCGCGCGGGAAGAUGAAUCUCCUCCCGAAGAGCUCCAGGGAGUUCGCCUCUGCGGACUACUGGGAGAAGUUCUUCCAGCUUCGAGGGAGAAAAGCCUUCGAGUGGUACGGAAGCUACUUGGAUCUCUGCGCACUGCUCCACAAAUACAUCAAGUCCCGCGAGAAGGUGCUGGUGGUUGGGUGUGGAAACUCGGAGCUGAGUGAGUGUCUGUAUGAUUCAGGCUACCAGGAAAUAGUCAACAUUGACAUCAGCGAGGUGGUCAUAAAGCAGAUGCAGGAACGCAAUGCCAGCCGCCGGCCCAACUUACACUUCCUGAAGAUGGACAUGACCCAGAUGGAAUUUCCUGAUGCUGCCUUCCAGGUGGUACUAGACAAGGGUACCCUAGAUGCUAUCCUGACAGACGAGGAGGCACAGACCCUGAAGCAGGUGGACCGGAUGCUGGCCGAGGUCGAUCGUGUCCUGAAGGUGGGCGGGCGCUACCUGUGCAUCUCCCUGGCCCAAGAGCACGUCCUGAAGACAGUAGUAAAGCGCUUCUCUCAGGAAGGGUGGAUGGUGCGAGUGCACCAAGUGGCUGGCAGCCGGAACCUGGCAUCUGAAGCAGAAUCUCACUUUUCCAUGCCUGUCUUUGUUUUCAUCAUGACCAAACUCAGACAAAUCCCUGGCCAGACCUCACCCAUCUUUGAGCUCUGCCUACAGGAGUGGGGCCAGCCCAUAAGGCUGGAGAGCAGCAAGCAUUUGGCUGAGGCCGUGCAGGAGCGGCAGCAGUACACCUGGCUUUGCAGCCAGCUGCGCCACAAGGGCGGGCUGGGAUGUGUGUCCCUGGACUUGUGCAGCGGGGACACAGGGCAGCCGCGCUACACCCUCCAUGUAGUAGACAGCCCCACUGUGAAGCCAGCGCGGGACAAUGAUUUUGCCAUUUUCAUCAUUCCCCAGGGCCGGGAGACCGAGUGGCUCUUUGGCAUGGAUGAAGGCCGGAAGCAGCUGGCACUCAGCUCAGGCUACCAGAGACUUGUCACCGUGGCUCUGCAUCGAGGCCAGCACUAUGAGGACAUGAGCAGCAUCCAGGAUGAGCUGUCGACCAGGGUCCUGGAGCUGGCCCCUGCUGGGAUGCCUGCCCAGCAGAGGGUGCCCUUUUUGUCUGUGGGUAAGGACAUCGGAGUCCGGAAGGUUCGCCAUGUGGACCGCAGUUGCCUGAGUGGAGAUUACAUCAUUGAGGAUGUGCAGGGUGAAAACAAGCACUUCUUCCGGCGGCUCAUCUUCCUUAGCAACAGGAACGUGGUUCAGUCAGAAGGCAGGCUGCUGAAGAACUCAUGUCACAAAGCCCAGAAGAAAAGGAAGAAGGAUAAGAAUAAGCCUCGGCCUGCUGACACUCUGGAGGACCUGCCUGCAGUCCCGGGACAGUCCAUUGACAAGAGUUACCUGUGCUGCGAGCACCACAAAGCCAUGAUUGCAGGCCUCGCCCUGCUGCAGAAUCCAGAGCUGCUCCUGGAGACACCACUGACGUUGCUGGUGGUGGGUCUUGGUGGAGGCAGCCUCCCUAUCUUUGUGCAUGAUCAUUUCCCCAAGGCCUAUGUGGAUGCUGUGGAGAUUGACCCCUCCAUGCUGGAUGUGGCUAAGCGGUGGUUUGGCUUCUCCCUAAGCGAGCGAAUGAAGGUCCACAUCGAAGAUGGUUUGAAGUACAUUAGCAGCCGGGCUGAGGAAAAAGCACCGCCUUCCUAUGAUGUCAUAAUGUUCGAUGUAGACAGUAAGGACCCAGCCCUGGGAAUGAGCUGUCCUCCCCCGGCCUUCGUAGACCCAUCGUUCCUGCAGAAGGUUAAAUGCAUCUUAUCUCCUGAAGGUGUCUUCAUCCUCAACCUUGUGUGCCGAGAUGUGAAGCUGAAGGACUCGGUGCUGGCCUGCCUCCAGGACAUAUUCCCCGUCCUCUAUGUCCGGAGGAUCGAUGGGGAGGUGAAUGAGAUCCUGUUCUGCCAGCUAUGCCCUGAGUGGAAACGUGAAACAGCAGAGCUUCUAAAAGGGGCUCAGGCCUUGGAACAGACCCUGAGACCAGAGCAGGGCUGGGAUAGCACCUACGUUCUCUCGGACAUGCUCAAGACUGUGACAAUUGUGUGAUGGUUGAGCUGAGCUGGACACACUUCCUGGCAUCUUGCCAGACCACUCAAGCACCUGCCUGGUCUCUUGCUGGGUCAUUUUUGUGUGUCUUACUUUUCUUGGUGUCCUGCUAAACUGCAGACGACUUUCAGCUUGGAGUGUGGUGGGGAUUGCUUAAAGAUCUGAGAAAAUAAAGUUCUUUUCCAUUUGGUCCCA